CACUUCCGCGUUUGUUUUCUGAGCUGAACCGAAACCAGACGCCCAAUUUCAGGAUGUACCUAUCCAGGGUUGGAAUUUACAAGAGGAGAAAGCGGGGCUGCUCUCAAGCCUGAACAUCAUUGUCUUCCUCCAUCUGGCCAUCACUCUCUCUGCCUCCCCCAGAUUGGUGCUCAUCCCCUCUCCCCUCACCAACAUGCUGUGUUGGGGGAAUGCAAAGGAUGGACAGUUGGGUAUUGGUAUGGAUAGGAACCCCAUGUUUGAGCCAAGGAACUGUCUUGUGUUCAGUGGCAGGGGACUGAAAGAAGUCGCCUGUGGAGGGCAACACUCAAUGUUCUUGCUGCAGGAUGGUAGCGUGUACACAUGUGGCGCUAACUGUUGUGGACAGCUGGGCCAUGACAAACCAGGGACUUCCCCAGAGCUAGUAGGAGCUCUGGACACUCAGAAGAUAACGGUGGUGUCAAGUGGUCGGGCCCAUUCUAUGGCAGUGAAUGAGCAGGGUCAGGUUUUUGCCUGGGGAGCUGGUGAAGGGGGUCAGCUCGGCCUGGGGACUGCAGAGGUGGCUGUUCGAAUCCCAAGGUUGGUCAAAAGAUUGUGUGACCAUCGCAUCUCCCAAGUAAUGUGUGGAAAUCAGCACUGCAUCGCACUUUCUAGAGAUGGCCAGUUGUUCACGUGGGGCCAGAACACCAGCGGUCAGCUGGGCCUGGGAAAAGGAGAGCCCAGCAAGCUGUUCCCUCAUCCCCUGAAGUCUCUGGCAGGAAUUCCUUUGGCACAGAUAACCGCUGGGGGAGACCACAGCUUUGCUCUCUCCUUGUCCGGAGCUGUAUUUGGCUGGGGCAAAAACAGAGCGGGACAACUGGGUCUCAAUGAUAAACAAGAUCGUGCUGUCCCAUGCCACAUCAAAUUUUUGAGAUCUCAAAAAGUUGUUUACAUCAGCUGUGGAGAUGAACAUACAGCAGCACUCACAAAGGAUGGUGGUUUGUUUACGUUUGGAGAUGGCUCGUGGGGUCAGCUGGGUCACGGCUCCACCAAUAAUGAACUUUUACCCAGACGAGUGCUGGAGCUCAUGGGCACUGAGGUGUCCCAGAUCACCUGUGGCAGGCACCACACACUGGCGUUUGUGCCUUCCUCUGGUUUGGUUUAUGCGUUUGGUUGCAACAGCCAUGGCCAGCUCGGCACAGGAAUACUCGGGGAUGCUAGAAGCCCAUUUCCUGUUAAGACCAGUUUGCUAACUGGACAUUUCCAUAGACCAGAAUCAACACAGUACAUUGUGACCAAAAUCAUCUGUGGAGGAGACCAUAGUUUCUUAUUGUACUCUAAUGAACAGAGCUCAGCCCCCCAAGAAGACUUCAGAGUGAUUAAUAUCAGUAAAAGCCUCUCCCCAAUCACUUAUGAAAGGUUAAAUUCAUGGAGGUUAAAACUGAUGUACAGCACAGAUUCUAGUGUCACAAACGACAUUAUAGUUCAACUCUCUUCUACGGCUUGUUGGAAUGCCAGCUUCUUGGACCAAAGUGAUGAUACCCACUUCAAAACCAACCCAAAGAUCCCAGGCAUCAAUCUCAAUUCUGUCAGACUGCUAUUUGAGAUACUCAGCAAACCGGCUUUCUCUGGACUUCUGGAGCAGGCCACCAAGAGUUUUGAGAGUCUGUUGAUCCCUCAACUGCCGCACUCUCCUCCCGAUGUCGAGGCCAUGAGGAUCUAUCUCAUCCUUUCCGAGUAUCCGGCCCUGCAGGAUUCCCGAAACUACAUCCGCCUCACUAUCCCCCUGGCUAUGGCCAUCCUCCGGCUAGACGCCAACCCCAGCAAAGUAUUGGACAACUGGUGGUGUUUUGUGGACGACAGUGUGUUCACCAGAAUGGUUGACAUGUACAAGAGCAUCGUCGUGUUUAUGCUAACGGGAGGAAAGACGCUGCUCGUACCGGUGUUCUACGAGAACUAUUUUCUUGCCACGCUAAGGCUGCUGGAAAAACUUCAUAAGGUAAACUUAAAGGCCCACCAUGUGGAGUACAACCGCUUUUAUAUCCCUGACAUCACCAGCCUGGUGGACAUCCAGGAAGACUACCUCAAAUGGUUUUUGAGUAAAGCUGAAAUUAAAAUGGGAUCAUCUCCUUCACAGAGUGACUUUCCCUCAGUGAACCUAUGUGCCUACCCGUUCAUACUGAACGCCCAAGCCAAGACAACCAUGCUGCAAACAGAUGCUGAACUGCAAAUGCAGAUGGCAGUAAGCGGUGCAAACCUACACAAUGUCUUCAUGCUGCUCACACUGGAACCCCACCUUGCCAGGAAUCCUUACCUGGUUCUCCACGUGCGCAGGAACCAUUUAGUAAGUGACACUUUGCGUGAGCUCACCAUGUACUCUGACGUGGACCUCAAGAAACCACUCAAGGUGAUCUUUGAUGGAGAGGAGGCCGUAGACGCAGGUGGAGUAACUAAAGAGUUCUUCCUGCUGCUGUUAAAGGAGCUGAUGGAUCCUGUUUAUGGGAUGUUCACUCAUUACAAAGAAUCCAACCUGCUGUGGUUCUCAGACAAAUGCUUUGUAGAGCAGAACUGGUUUCAUCUUAUUGGGAUCAUCUGCGGUCUGGCCAUCUACAACUCCACAGUGGUGGACCUCCACUUCCCCCUGGCUCUCUACAAGAAGCUGCUUGACGUAUCACCAAUGCUGGAGGACUUCAAGGAGCUCUCCCCCACCGAGGCCAGGAGUCUACAACAACUUCUAGACUAUGAAGGAGGUGAUGUGGAGGAGACAUUUCUUCUCAACUUUGCCAUCACCAGGGAGAACUACGGGAUGACGGAAGUCAAGGAGCUGAUUCCCGGAGGAGAGAGCAUCAGUGUGGACAAAAACAACAGGAAGGAGUUUGUGGAGGCCUACCUACGGUACGUGUUCUCAGACUCAGUGAGCGAGCAGUACUCUGCCUUCUCCGCUGGUUUCCUGAAGGUGUGUGGAGGGGAGAUCCUGUCGCUGUUCCAGCCGUCUGAGCUGAUGGCCAUGGUCGUCGGCAACAACAACUACAACUGGGAGGAGAUGGAGAAGAAUGCCGUUUACAAAGGGGAAUACACUGCCACUCAUCCAACAGUCCGAUUGUUCUGGGAGGUUUUCCACGAGUUCCCUCUGGAAAAGAAGAAGCAGUUCUUAUUGUUCCUGACCGGCAGCGACCGCAUCCCCAUCCACGGCAUGGAGAGCCUGCGCAUCAUCAUCCAGUCCACCACGGCCGAGGAGCACUACCUGCCUGUGGCUCACACCUGCUACAACCUGCUGGACAUGCCCCGCUACCAGACCAAAGAGAUCCUGCGCCGCCGCCUUACUCAGGCCGUGGAGCAGUACGAGGGCUUCAGCCUGGUCUGAGGAGGGGGAGGAGAUCUGCGGCAGUUUUAACGCACUUUAACAGCAAUACACGUCACAGAUGGCGAUCUCAAAACAGUGUAAGGGGGGACUCUGUGACACAGGAAGGUCACUCUCUUUACAUGUGCUUACAAGCAUCUUGAAUCUGAAAGGUCUAUCUACUGUACGUAAAUGCAAAGUAUUAUCUUUUUCUUCUUUUUUUUUUUUUGCUCUGGGCAAAGUUUCUCAACCUUUCAGGACCAUUUGCUUAAAAUUUAUCAUAGUCUUAAAAAAACACUGAUGUACGCCAUAUUGAAAUUCAUACAACAGCUGUGGAUCAUAAAAAUGUGAAGACCUAAAGGCCAGAGAAGGUUGAGAAACGGUUUGCAUUGUUUCAUUUUUGUCUUUUUUUUUUUUUUUUGCAAAGCUGUGUAUUUUAUAUUCUACACGUUAAAUUCUAUUUUUCAGCUUUAAAGAAUUAUGUUAUUACCUUGAGACAAUAUAGUAUAUCUGCUUUUUGUUUCUUUUAAUUUAUUAAAUAGAGUGGUUAUUUUUUUGACAAAAUAAAAUUAAAUAUGUGUAUAUAUGUGUGUAAAUAGCACUUUGAAUAUAAUAUUUAGCCCUGACUUUGGGAGGAGUGCUUAACAAGCUGAUCCUUUUAAAUCUGGACACCAGCAUGUCCUUUCUGCCUGAUUUAAAAAAAAAAAAAAAAAAAGGGACAAAAUGAAGAGAGUCUUGCAGGCAGAGGGGUGCAGGAUGAAACAUGGUGAAUAUUAUUUGCAAUCCCUUGUUCCUUUUUAGCUGUGAUCACGGAGCAGCUGACUUUGUCUUGAACUUGCAUUCAACAGUGUUGCCUUCUACAACGAAACCUACUAUAUGGACAUGAGAAACGCUGACUUUUUAAAGUUUAUUUUCAGUGGAUGUUGUCUGUGUGCAUGUUGUUGAGUGAAAGCAAAAACCUGAAUGUCAUUGAAAAGUUUGGACAUUUUGGGAGAUGUGCUUAUUAGCUUUGUGGUGGAGAGUUAGAUGGGUGAAGAUUAAUGCCACGCCCACCAUCUGUCCCAAUGCUGCAUCCGGGGGUGGUCCGACUCAGGAGCUUUUCAUGUGGUCUUCCACGGUGGUUAGCCGCGUAUUUGUCGUAGUUCAUUACCAAGUGAAACUACAUACCAACAGUGCAUUGCUUCGAUUAAAUUAGCUGAAUUGUUUAUAUUAACGUCAAUAUUGGAUUUUAUUUUAACUACCAUUCUUGCAAGCAGUUUGUCAUGUUUGUAGUUCUUCUCACUGAGUGGGGGCUGUCGCCCGUGAUGUGAACGGUUUUCCCACUUUUCUGCAGUUUAAAUGAUAAGACAUGAAUGCAGCAUGAGGGCAGAUUUAACUUAGCACAACGACAGGAAACGGAACAGAAUCUGACAGGUGACAGAAACCAACCUCUAACCUUCUGACGUGUCCGUUGGUUGCCUGGCAACUGAACUGCCAGUUACAAAAUUCUCCCGGUAAAAUGACGAAAUGUCACUUUUAUACCUUGUUAUUUCUCUGAAUUAAACAAAUGACGUAUAACAUGUUAAUCAGUGAGCUAUACAGGUGCUGUCAGGUGGAUUUGGUUUCCUUUGGACGGAGCCGUGCUGCCUGUUUCCAGUCUUUCUGUUAGGCUAAGCUAACCAGCUACUUUCUAACAGUAAGCUAACCGGCUACUUCGUAACAGGGGUGUGAUUCUUCAAAUCUAAUUCUCCAGCAGAAGGCAAAUAAAUGCAUUUCCCAAAACGUCCAUCAAAACUAAAUAUAUAAAUCUUUUAAAUUAGUAAUUGUAAUUAGCUGUUUCAAAGUUGCAGACAUUUGUGGCAGGAUGACACAAUAAGUGCAUAGUUAACAGUGUGGGCAGAUAAGCUAUUAAAUAUAUUAGAUAUAUAGUCAGCUGACAAACUGUAUCUGUCAUUGCGCCCUAAUACUGUAUUUACUCCUACAGUCAAACCUCUUAAUCCAAAAUGAUGUUUAAUUAGGUCGUGCAAGUGUGUGAAAUGGUCUUGCAUAAAUAUUUUUUAUAUAUUUCAUACAUGACAGUGGUGUCAUAGUGACUUCAGACAGUAAAAUGACUUGAUGUGUCCUGACUAACAGGUCACACUGACAUCCAUUUAGCAAUAACAACCUGAAACAGCCCAGUAAUGUAGUGAUGACUCUGGGUCUUUCCUCUAAAGGUCUUAAACUCUGGACUCUUCUGAGAUGUUUCUUAGAACAGUUCCUCUUAUUGCUUAGUUCUGUACUGCAUGUACACACCUGUUCUACAUGUUCAGUCAGUAUUUGUCUAAUUAAAGCUGAUUUAUCCUACAGAGUUUAAUCCUAUGCAACUGUUUGUGCAGCCCUUGACUUUUUUGCACCUUUUAAUGUGCUACAAAAAAUGUAAUUUUUGCAUAUUUGUCCAGAAUACACAAAGCUCUCUGUUCCAGCCAACUUUUUAAAUAAAACAAUACAGUGUCAAAACA